AUGCUUAAAAACAAUCUAUCUAUCUAUCUAUCUAUCUAUCUAUCUAUCUAUCUCAGUCUAUUAAUAACUAUGUAUCUAUCUAUUUAUCAGUCUAUCUAUUUCUGUUCAUAUCUAUCCAUCUACAUCAGUCUUCUGAUAACUAUCUAUUUAUUGCUAUCUAUGUCUGUUGAAAACUAUGUAUCUAUUUAUUGGUCUAUAUGUCCCUGUUCAUAUCUAUCUAACUGUCUAUCUAUCUAUCUAUCCAUCUAUCUAUUUAUUUUAAAAAAAGAGAGAGAGAGAGAAGCACGAGAAACAGGGAGUAUUAAAUUUAACGAUCAUGAAACAAAAUUGCCUCAAAAUCCAACCAAUUCUUCUUCUUCUUCUUCUUCUUCUUCUUCUUCUUCUUUGUUUCCUUUUUACUUCUCUUCUUUCUUGUCUUUCGCCUCUGCUUUUUUCUUAUUUCCUUCUUUUUCUUUUUCUUUUCUUUCCUUCCGUCUUCGUCCUCUUGAUUCCUUCUUAUCGGCUUUCUUUCUUCUUUCUCCUUCUUAG